AUGCUUUCACCAGCUGUCAGUAGGGGGCAGGCUCAGCACACGUCUGCUCAUCCCAAGGUACAAAGCUUACCGGAAACUUACAUACAUACAUACUUGCCGUGCGUGGGAAGGCAGCGGGGGCAGGUGGAGUCAUGGACGAGUGUUCCCCCAGCUGGGGACCAGCUCGCCGCCUCCGUCACCGUUUCUGUGCCCUCCCCUCCUCCCAGGAACGGUGGACUCUUCUGUCAGGGAGACUCUAUAGAGUCAGAGAUGUGUGAUGGUCCACCGUGCGUGUGGGCCAGCCAGCAGACUCCAGCAGCUACCACAGCAGACCUGGACAGGUGUGUGUGUGGUUGUACGGUGACACUCACCACAGGAGACACAGCCACCAUCACGGCCUCCGCUGCUCUGUGUACCGGCACAGCAGUCUGGGUACUUCAGACUUCAAGCCUUCACAAUUUUAGUCGUGACCCUUAUGAUGCUAUGCCGUUGUUCAAUGGGAAUCUAGACAACCUGGAAGCAUGGUUUACAGCUGUUCAUACUAGAGCAAAUGCCUCAGUAGAUGGCCUCCCAUCUGAGAUUUGUAUAAUUAGUAUCGGAAAGGAAAGUUUAGCUCGUUCGCCAGCCGCCUCGAAUGUCUUUAACUUGAUACGGAAUAUAGACUUUCAGGGUCUCACCAAAUGGGCAUAUUAUGAGCAGUUAAUGCGUAACUAUCUUGACCCAGUGAGAGUAACUGAUCCAUUCAUGGUGCUUAAGGAAUUAGUGUGCACAGCGCCAAGGCCAGAGGAAUCAUUAGAUGAGUUUGCCCUUUGUUUAAAUAACCUCAUGACCUCAUUCGUUAGGGCCGGUCAACAUUUCAAGUACCUAGCAGACGAUGAUAAACGAGCUCUUGAAGGUGGCAUCAUACUCAACAACCAACACCUUGGAGUGGAGGAAUCCACACUCUUUGAUUCAGUUAAGUCGUCAGAGCUCGAACUUAGACCUGUAAGCAUUGUGUCAGCAGAAAAUAGACUACAAAUUGAGGUGCUGGGAACUUCAAGAGCUAGAUCGGGAUUGCUACAAAUGAAAUCCACCAAUGAAGAUGUGGUGAGUGACCGAGUGUCGUCGGCAAGUUUAUCUGUUGCAGCAGCAGGAGGUGAGAGUGUUGUGGGUGGACCUGGUGUAACGGGAGCCACGGAGCCGCGGUGGGGACUGCUUCAGGGGAUGCACAUAGCAGCGGUGGUGUUCGUGGCGGCGCUGAUGGCUGCCGUGGUGGUGCUCGCCGUCUAUCACUGCGGCAGGUACAGAUUAUACAAGCGUGCGAGGCUCCUCCCGGAGUCUCCUUAUGCCACACCCCCCAGCACCCCCUCCAAGGACCCUACUGACGCCUCCUCCACCCUUACGCUGACAGAAGUCAUCUCCUUGAAAUCGCUGGUACCGAGGCCCAAGUUGCCAGUGUCACUGCCACUUACUCGUCGAGGAAGAUCCGCCUCAUACUCACCUCUAGAGUGUGAGCAGCGGCAUAAAGCACCACAACACUCACUACCUAACUCCCCCUUCCUCACUCGCAGAGUCUCCACUCCCUCCACCAUCAGGAGGUCGUCUUCCCACCUGGGGAGGCUUCUCAGGAGAGGCAGUGGUACUUUUAAGCGCAAGAAAAGACGAUUUGCUUCCGUGGAUGAGCUUGAGACUCGUUGUAUCUCGCCCAUCCACGAGACUCAACGAGAGGACGAUGGAGAGAGUGGAAAGGAGGACCAAGUAGAAGACACAAACAUAAAGGGGGAAGAGAACUCGUCCAAGUACCGUGAAUAUCGUAAGUCAGUGUUAACGGAGGAGACCACAAGGGACGCUCGCUUGUUACCCAAGCUAGUCAAGGAGAAGAUGAACCUUGAGCGUGUGCGUCGCUCUGCUCUCUCCCGCUCUACCUCCAACGCCACCAUGAGGGGUUCCUCCUCCGUGUCAGACGUGUCUGUCAAUGGCACAGACACUGAAAUGGAGUACGACUACUAUGACUACGACAUGGACAACGCCUCAGCUGUUCCCGGGUCUUUGUUUGGUAUGGACCCGCUGGUGCUUGCCUGGGCACCCAGUUUCUUUCUAAGUUCCAGCGACAAUUCGCCCACAGACCAGGGUAUCCCUCUUAACAUGCUCAGUUUGUCUGAGGCCACGCCCACAGCUACGCCCACGGCAGAGGAAGCCCCGAGGCCUAACGCCCUCCCUCUACAGCACCUCAACAUCCCGCAUGUUGACUCCCCUCCCAAAACUUAUUCCAUGCAAACAAGCAUCAAGUCUGACGAAGCUAAUGAUGGCUCGGAGCUGCAGGACACAAUAAGUUUCACCCACAACGGCGUAAAGUACAACGGCCACCACCACGACGAUAACGACGACGACGACGACGUGACACCCACCACACACAGCAGCAGCAGCAAAAUCCUCAACCUCGACGACAUCCAGUUUGCUGACGAAUCCGAGGAAGAGGAAGAGGAAGAGGUCGCCUUAUAAAAGUGUUUAUGUACCUUAACUCCAUCCCCAGCUGAGUGAGGGCCAGCAGCUCUA